AUGUCAGUGGUACGUCAUAUUGCUGCACAUAUCAGGCAUGACGAAAUGCGAUUGUUGAAAACGGCAGGAGUUUCUCCUCUUGUGGCUUGCGAUUGUGGAGUGGCGAUGGGCUCUCCAAUGGGCUACAUCUAUCACAUAUUCCACGAUCAUGUCUUUGAGCGAAAGAAAUUCUCUGAUCUCGCGGCUACAAUUGUGUCAUUCCUCACGCUUAUUGUGGAGACGGCGAUUGAAUCGGUGUUGGCAGUACGUGUCGAUUUUCGGGCAACAAAAUGGACGCUUUGGUGUGCUUACUUUGCUCUCGAAAAUGAUGAAGGUGAUGAGAGCCUUUUCAUCGACAGUACCGAUUUGAACGAGCAUUGGUGGAAAUUGUGGGAAAGCUUGUUGGAUGAAUGUAUGACUGGUAAAAAGUAUGACUCUCCGAUGACACGAUCAAGCUUGUUUGAAGAAUGCACCCGUUUGUCGACGAAGAACGUCUUCGGACUAGGAAGCACAAAUCGAUUCCUGUUAUGGAUGCAGACAAGAUUCAGCGCUCGUUUUCAGCGGUUAGUAGUUUGGCUCUACCUUAAUCAGUGGACAAAUGAUCCAGUCAAUCGUGUACAUCUUGCUAGCGAAUCGCGAUGGAUUCGUCUUGCCCAGAUCCGCAGAAGGGUUUUCCUGGAUUUGAAAAAGGGUGAGCAGGGACAAUCAGACAGUUGGAGGACUAUUACAGUGUGCACAAUCCCUUCGUCUUUUGAGUUCAAACAGCGGCAGAUACCCCCUGUGGCAAAUCAGUCUUCACCUGCGGUUGUACCAGGUAUGGAGCGGCGGACUAAGGCUGUGUUUUUAUUUUGCUACUUCAGUUUUUUUUUCGGAUUUGCAGACUCUGAUGUGGGAAGUAGUGCAUCUGUGGCUGCAAAUGACUCUAAUACUGAUGUUCUUGAUGCAUGUCCUCAAGAAGCAGAUGCAGCAACUGAAUCUGACAAUCCUAUGCCUACGUCAGGAUUUUUCGCGGACCUUCUGGCUGCUUCUGCGAACAGUUGCCAGGUUGGUUUUCCGCCCAAGAAACAAGAGCGCACUCUGUUGAGGCUGAAUGUUUUCGUACAGCUGAAAUAUCGGUCACUCUAA